AUGAUCCGAAACGUUUCGUCUCCAGUGAAAUACACAAUCCACAGGAGCCUUACCUCUUCUAAGCUGGAGUACCCACCGGCGGCGAAGCCCAAAUCUCUGACCAACCAUUGCUCUGUUUACGAGAAGAGUCCCAAAAUGCCACGCCUUGUUCGGGUUUACGUGACUGAUUGGGACGCCACGGAUUCUUCCAGUGAUGAAGACGAUGGACCCUUGAAAUUGAAUUAUCAGAGAUUGAAAAAGCAUGUUCAUGAGAUUAGAAUUGAAGAACCUUGUUGUGGAAAGGCUGUUGGAGAGAACAGAAAUGGAGUGGUUAAAAAGAAGCCGAAUCGUUCGAAGAGAUUGGAGAGUUUAGGGGGUAUUAAGCCACGCCCUAAGAAGCAAUGCACGGCGGCGAAUGGGAAGAAGUUUCGUGGCGUUCGACAACGGCCGUGGGGGAAAUGGGCGGCGGAGAUAAGAGAUCCGACGAGGAGGGCUAGGGUUUGGUUAGGUACUUACAACACCGCCGAAGAGGCUGCUUUGGUUUACGACAAGGCCGCAAUUCAAAUACGAGGUCCAGACGCUUUGACCAACUUUAUCCAGCCUCCGGCCAGAGUUUUGAUGCCACCAGAAAUCAACGUCACGUCAGUUUCCGACUCCGAUUCCUGCAAGGAGUCGUGUGUGAACCUUUCUUCUCCGACCUCUGUUUUGAGAUUUAACUCCGGUGAAGAAACAGAGCUACAAAACCAGUCGAGGGAAGAGAGUGAUCGAAGAGCAGUGGAAUCGGCGGUGGAAAGUACGAGUUUUGGGGAGGAUUGUUUGGCUUUGGACUCAUAUUUCUUGGAUGAACAUGAGUUUUUCCAUUUCCGGUCACCGUCGCCGUUAUUCUGUGAGGAAAUGAGUGUACCGGAUACUGUUUUGGGAGGAGAUUUCGGCGAAAUUCCGGUGCGUUUAGACGAUGAUUUCAGGUCUUGUACUUGGGACGUUGAUGAUUUCUUUCAAGACCCUUUGACGUUGGUUGAAGACAAAGCUUUUAUUAUCCUUUCGGUGACAAGGAAGCAGAUUGUGUCAUUGCGCCAAGGGAACCUCAAUACGGCCAGUGGUGCUCUUGUCCCUUUGGACAAGGAUCGAGGAGGGAUGAAUAUCUACUUUAUGUUAUGCUACAUUAUGAGUCUUGUGGUGAAUGGCAGACUCUUGUCUUUCUGCUCCACUUUUUGUAUCUGUGACAUUACUCUUGUCUCGAAGGCAGGAUCAUAG